GAGUGCCAGUUUCUCCCAGGCCACACGAAGCAAUCUGUUUGUUGGGAGCGACUCUGCUGUGCAGAAACUCUCUCAUGGCUUCUCCCAUUGUCUAAAUGGCAUGGGUGCCCAGUUGCAUGGUUUCUACAGUUUGCCCAAACCUGGAAAACACCAGUUACCAUCGCACGACGACUCGUCCCAGGAGGCCUGUUACGUGCUUCCGCGGGUUCACAGCUCCGAGGCGCCGACUCACAGUGGGCUGGGCGACCCCGAGCUGGAGAACGAGGAGGAUUACACCUUCAAAACGCCCUGUAACGCCCUAGCCACCAUGCACAACAACGAGCGUCAGCCUGACAAUUACGACAUUCCCACGACGCCUGGCUCCUUCUAUCAGAUCCCCCGGACGUUUGACAAGAAUCACAAUGCCUUGACACCCUCCAGCUCCGAGUCGUCCUGUGCGCCUCCUCCCAGGCCCCCGAAACCCAGCCAGGGGUCAGAGGGGCAGUGGGGGAGUCCCCAGUCAGUAGGAAGCCAGAACGGAGAGGUGACGUCUGCAGUGUCGGUUAUCCCACGCAGGAAUACUCUCCCUGCUGUUGAGAACAUCAGGCUGCACAGAGGCUCCUCCUUUGAAACGAACAGCCAUCACCGUCCCAUCCAUUUCAGCAACUCAGGCCAGUCUGUGGAGUCUGUCAAUGACGGGUUCAGCUCCUACUUGAGAACCAAAGCCCCCCUGACUCGCUCAGACAGCGGCAACUCGGAUGACAACUACGUGCCCAUGAAUCCUGGCUCCUCGCCACUCAGCGCUGCGCUGGCUGACAGUCCUAAGAAUAUCUACAUCCCCAUGAGCCCUGGGCCACAUCACUUUGAUUUCCCAGGAUUCUCUGCAACGUUACCUGCCCGCAAGGGGAGCAGUGCCUCCCUGUGUCACAGGCCCAGCCGUCUCAGCGAUGUUACCCCACCACCCAUCAACCGUAACCUCAAACCUAACAGGAAAU